CUCGGGACUGGGAUCUUUGAAUGCUUUGGCUCUUUAGCUGUCCAACGACAGGGGCGGGGUUGAUGUUCGCAGAGGCGUUUUUAUAGGCUGUGAGCACAGAGCUUUGAGGUCCAAGAUAGACACGAAGUGCUGGAGUUACCUUUAAAGGUUCAAGACGGGCAGCAGAGUCGGUGCUGGGACGUCCGCUAGCAAGCUCAGGUUUGGAGGGGACAAGACUUCAGGCAGCAAGUUCCAAUUUUGAGGGGGUUCAAGACUUUUAAAGGGGCAAGUAAUAAUCCAGGGGUGAGGUCCAGGAGACCCAUUGAACCUCGAGACGGGAGCAGCGAGAGUGGGGGAAUCUCAGGAGGACCACCAGGAAGGUCAAGGUGUGAAGUAUCUCGCACCGCGCCAUGAAUGACUCCCAGUGUUUGGAUGACCUCCCUAUAAUGUCCCGGUGGACCGCCAUGGACAAACAAGAGGUGGGGGUUCGCGACUUCUACUGCGAAAGCCAGCGCUUGGCCCUGGAAGAGUUGGUGUCCGGUGGUCGAGAGGCUUACACCGCUUUCCUGGACCGGGAGAAGAUGCCUGGCUUCUUGUCGGGCGAGGAGAUCGCCGAGAUCUCGAGGUCCACCGUCAGAGCCUCCGAGUCCAUUGGCGAGACUCUGGAGCAGUCUUUCACCGGCUCCCAGGGACAAUCCACCGGGACUUACUUCCCUGAUGUUUCGGACGUGGAAGUCCCCAAUCUGGAGCUGGGGUGGCCCACCUUCCCGGGCAACGGGUACAGAGGGGCGCCUGAGGUGGAGGUGCAUUUCCAGCCCAGCUACGGCGACCUCAUCUAUAGCUGCAAGGAAGCCAUCAGGAACCUCAUCAGGAAGGCAAAACAGGUUAUUGCAGUAGUGAUGGACUCAUUCACCGAUAUCGACAUUCUCCAAGACCUCCAUGAAGCCUGCAGAAGGAGAAGAAUCCCUGUCUAUAUCCUUCUCGAUCAAUCUGGUCUCCCACAGUUUCAACAAAUGUGCCGGGAUGCUGGUGUCUGGGUGGAUGAAGAGAGGAAAAUGAGAGUCCGCACUUUAAAGGGAUGUACUUAUUACUCGAGAACAGGAGCCAAAGUUAUUGGAAAAGUCCAUGAAAAAUUCUUGUUAAUUGACUGUGAGAAAGUAGCUACAGGCUCCUACAGCUUCACUUGGACGGAUGGCAAACUGAACCGCAGUAACCUGACUGUGCUGUCGGGGCAGUUGGCAGAAUACUAUGAUGAAGAGUUCCGAAUACUGUAUGCCCAGUCGGAACCGGUACCUUCCACGCACAAUGGCUACGGGAAUCAAGCUAUUUACGAGGAGUUCACGAUGAAAAGAUUGCUGGCCAAAGACCCCGCGCUCGCCAAUGUUCUAAGACAAGGAAUCAUUCAGUGUUCUCCAAGAAAUCUCAAACCUGCCGAGAAAAGGCGACGACAAGAAAACCCUGGGUCAGCCCUGGACCAGCGUGGGUGUGAAGCAUCGACCCUGGACCAGCGUGGGUGUGAAGCAUCGACCCUGGCUGAUAACGUUCCACUGGUGCCUGAAGAGGUGAGGACCAUUUCGACGCAGACUGAGCCGCAGUGGAUGCCAGAGGCCGGGAUGCAGGGGGUUUCUACACAAACCUGUGCUUUAACAAAGGAGAUGGAAACCCAAACAUCAUUCAUCUCUCAAUCGUCUGAAACUCAGACGUCUGCUGUGACUGAGGUCGUUCAACGGGCUCAAGUAAUAACUUCUUCAGUGCUGGUGUCGCCCACUACAGUGGGUGACGGCGAGACUACGGACUUGCCCGAUCUGCCUCCUGCCUCCACUGCCGAGUCCACGGCCAGUUCAAGUAGUUCAUCUGGUACCACUGGUUCUGAGGGUCAGCCUUGCCGCCUAGCUGCCGGGUACCCGCACCUGGCCCACCACAGUGCCGACACCUCGCUGAGGAACUACUUUCAGAAGCUGAGCAAAGAGCGGCAGCUGCACUACUCCACCAUCCGCUCGAAGCUGAACAACAUGGUGGCCAUCCUCUCGCGGAACCGGCACCUGAAUGCCAUCCGCAGCCGCGAGCCCGGCCAGUACAACGCGAGGGACGGGAGAGAGUUGACGAGCAGGGUCUUCAGCCUUGGCGGCGUACCCACUAUGGCUUCAUUCACACUGCGCAACUGACCACCAAUAGAUUCUGCACCCAAUGAUUUGUGCAGUUAUGCAAGCACAGGCAGUGCAAUGGGUAGCACUUCAACAAAACAACCAGAAUACAUGCUCAAAGGAUGAAUUUUAGUUGUUUGACCUUGCGGGAUAAGCUUGCAGCUGUGCAUGCCAACGUGCACUUUAUUUAUUUGCAUGGAGGAAACAUUGUCUGUGGUUUUGAUGCAUUAUUUUUCUCCAAAGACUGUCUUUUUAUUUAAAGACCAGAGUUUAGCUCUCUCGUCUCUGCAUCUGAUGCUUGAUUCAAACCCCACUCGAAAGAUUCCAACCUUGUACUCUGUUGUAGUACUGAAGGAGCUCCGCGUUGUCAGAGGUGCCACCUCUACCCGUGACUCCUGCCUCCUAUGGGUAGAUAUGCAAGAUCCUACGUAACAAAAAGUACCAUUGUUUUGUACAACUACUUUACACUGUAAGUGUUAGCUUUUCCUUCCCUUUUUGUUGUCUGUAAUACAGUACCUGAUUUUCUAUUUGAUAGUCAAAGAUUGUGGUUAGAGACAUAGAAAAUAGGUGCAGGAGUAGGCCAUUUGGCCCUUCAAGACAGCACUGCCAUUCAAUGUGAUCAUGGCUGAUCAUCCUAUAUCCUGCCUUCUGCCCAUAUCCCUUGCUUAUGAUAGAUGGAGUCAAAAUUGGGUGGAUAAUGAAAAGAAAUGGAUUCUCCUGAAGGACUCAAAUUAGUUUGCAUUUUGUAAGCGCAUGGAAUAAAAUAUGGGAACAUUUUUAAAUCUUUAUCUCGGUUCCUUUGAGGGACAUAAUACAAUUUUGGUAGCUAAUUAAUCACUGCUUUGAUAUCUAACCACACUGAAAGAAAGAUGAUUUAUUGAUUUAGUUUGGAGGAUAAAGACAAAGGGGGAUUAUUUUCCUGUUAGUCUCAAUAGAUUUGUCCCAGGAUUCAGGAACUGACAUCCAGGGCCCCUCAUAAAAAGCACAAAUAAAAAUUGCUUGUAUUUUUUUUUUUCAGGAUAAAAACAUGCUGUUCAUAAUGCCCCUGUCCCACUUAGGAAACAUGAACGGAAACCU